AUGGCUGGAGAGCAGAGUUCACCCGCCAGCGGCUCGACGCCUUCUCCUACUGCGGAAGGCGCGGUCGCAGGACCAUCUGGCGAGGGUUACGACCCUAAGUGCGUGUUUUGUCGCAUCGCUCGACAAGAGGAGCCUGGCACCCAACUGUUGCCCUGCGAGUCUGAAGACCUGGUUUGCUUCCCAGAUAUCAGACCUGGGGCACCACACCAUUAUCUUGUGGUGCCAAAGAGGCACAUUGGAAACUGCAAAAUUCUAAAGAAAGAAGAUACAUCCUUAGUGGAGAAAAUGAUCACUGUUGGAAAAACCGUUCUUCAGCAGAAAAAUAUCACUAACCUGAGUGAUGUGAGAAUGGGUUUCCACUGGCCUCCAUUCUGUUCUAUAGGCCACUUGCAUCUUCAUGUCCUGGCACCAGCCAGUCAAAUGGGCUUCUUAUCCAGAUUGAUUUAUAGACGCAAUUCAUACUGGUUCAUCACAGCUGAUCAGAUGAUGGAACGACUACAGGCUUGAAGUGCUACCAGCUGAAGAGUUGUCUUGAUCUUGGCUCACAGUAAACUAAAAACUUGGGUGCUUAGAAAUCUCUUAUAGUUUGAAGUAUAUAGUGACAGGCCAUCUGAAGCAGUCUAGAAUGUUCUAACUGAAAAGAUAUGAAAAGCAAGGUUUGAAUCUUAAUGUGUCUUGUGAUUAUAAUUCACAGAAGUAACUUCUUAAUAACCUUGGGAGUGCUUUUAAUAGAAAAUGUCAGCUCUGUAAGAUAUUACAGGUAAAAUCACAUUAAAACUUACAAAGAAGAGUUAUAUAUGUUACAUAGAUACUUGUGCAUGUGUAUAGAAGGGACGUUAUUUUCAUAUCAAGGUCUUACCACCCAAAAAUUCUGCUAUAGUACUUUUAAAAAUUUACUUUCAUUAUUUAUUGAAUAUUUAUAAGUUAUUUUCUUUAAUAAUAGUACCUGGUUAUGUGCUACUGUAUAGCAGGAAAGGAAAGAAGACUUAAACCAGGUUAUUUAUUCCCAAAUCUUCUUCUAAUUCAGCAGUAAUUAUUUCUUAUUCCCUCUCACCCUUUCUCACUUAAAUAUUAUCCUAAUACAUUGAGAAAACAUAAUCCAAGGAUUCCAGUAACUUGGAGCAGGAGGAGUGGCUUGUGUAUGAGACACCACUUACCUUUUUGCUGGCUCGGAGUGCUUCCCAUUGUUUAAAGUUCAGCUUUUCUCCAGGCAGUUCAGCCUCAGCUUCCUAAAGGCUGUGAGCAUGAUUUCUAGCAAUGCACUCAGUUUUUUAAAAAUUAGCUAUCAGAGUUUUACUUUCUAAGAUUUUACCUGUAAUGACAUGGGUUAGUGAAGAAAUCUUUAUAAUAUGUAAACUGAUGAUAUAAAUGUAUUAAAAUUGGCAGCAACUUUUAAAAUGAUAUUCUUUUCUUCUCCCUGAUGGAAAUUGAAUAAAAAAAUAAUAAAAA